AUGGACCAGCUCUUGGGGCACUCCGUCGUCCUUAUCAUGGCGAUGAUGCUGUCGAUAUCCGUGGCUUCCACAACUCUGGCGGAAGCAGACGCUCCGGUUUCAACUCUUACGACCACCACCAGCCGGACCACGAAUCCGACGCUUGCCCAACGCCGGUCAACAACACACUCAUGCUACAAGGGUGUCGAGUUUGGCGUGACGGUCACCAGCAUUGUCCUCAUAGUCCUUGGUCUCCAGCUCACGUCUUGGACGGGCUGGAUUUUGGUUCGACGGCACAGAGACAAGCGAUAG